GUGCCACCAUACAAAAGUGCGGAUCACCUUUGUAGAAAUUUAUAGAAAGAUUCCAACUAGUUGUAGCAGACAAAGUUGCUAGUCCUAUUAUGGUCCUAUUUUAUAGCUAAAAUUGUUAGAAGCUGUUUUUUUUUAUCAGAAGAAUGAAAUUCACCUAACAGAAUCAAGAAUCAGAGCUUCUUCUUUUGUAGUGAUGAAAGAGAAAGAGGCAAUGGUGUUUCUGAGUUUUUUAGGCAAAGCAGUUUUAAUGAUGACUGUAAUUUCAAUUUUUGGGUGGAAUGGAGUAAAGGGUCAUCGGGUUCUUUUGGAUACAGACAUGGGAACUGAUGAUAUCUUUUCUCUAUUGUAUCUUUUGAAGCUUAACCCAUCCCAAAUCGACUUGCAGGCUGUAACUAUUAGCACAAAUGCAUGGAGUGAUGCAGGGCAUGCUGUUAAUCAAGUGUAUGACAUUCUUUACAUGAUGGGGCGCGAUGAUAUUGCUGUUGGUGUGGGCGGUGAAGGUGGAAUACUUCCUGACAGUACCAUUCUGCCAAAUGUUGGUGGAUAUCUGCCUAUGAUAGAUCAGGGAAAUGGUACAGCUGGAUAUUGUAGAUAUAGACAAACUAUUCCUGUGGGUCAUGGAGGACGUCUGGACAUUGACUCAAAUUAUGGGUUUCGGAAGAGCUUCCUUCCACAGGGCACGAGAACAUAUUCACCUCUUCGACAGCCAACAGCUCAGAAAGUAAUCAUUGAAACGAUUUCAGCUGGCCCCACAGUAGUUUUUCUUAUUGGAUCACUUACUAAUUUUGCUUUGUUUCUUCUAAGUAAUCCACAUUUAAAGAAAAAUGUUGAGCACAUUUACAUCAUGGGGGGUGGCAUAAGGUCAAAGAACCCUAAAGGUUGCUGUCUAGACGAUGCCAAUCCCUCUUGCCAACCUCAACAAUGUGGUGACCGUGGCAAUUUAUUUACAGAUUUCACAAGCAAUCCUUAUGCAGAGUUCAACAUAUUUAUGGAUCCUUUUGCUGCAUAUCAGGUUAUUCAUUCGGACAUUCCAAUUACUAUUGUCCCAUUGGAUGCCACUAACACCAUUCUUGUGAAUAAAAACUUUUUGGAGACCUUUGAGAAGAAUCAACACACCUAUGAAGCACAAUACUGUUUCAAGUCUCUGAAAAUCAUUCGCGAUACAUGGUUCGAUGACCAAUUCUAUAGGAGUUAUUUUAUGUGGGACUCAUUUAUGUCGGGUAUAUCUUCUUCAAUCAUGCGUAAACAACAUAACCACCAAGGAGAAAAUGAAUUUGCUGAAAUGGAGUAUAUCAAUGUUACUGUAGUUACUUCAAAUAAGCCAUAUGGUGUAUCUGAUGGAUCAAAUCCAUUCUUUGAUGGUAGUAAAACUCCAAGGUUCAACUUAGAAAGAAAUGGAGUUCACAGCGGCCAUGUUCAGACGAGACUUCGUGAUCCUUUUUGCAUAGUCAAGAACGGAAGGUGCAGAUGCCAGGAUGGUUAUACAAAAGAAGUUAACAAGCCAGGAGGAGUGCCUCUUCUUGUUGCUGUUAGAGCAAAACCUAAUCGAAAUGCUAGCAGCAUAUUAGACAGAGAGUUCUCUGUUAGCUUUCUGGAUGUCUUAAACCAAGCAGAACACACUGGAAGAUUCAAUUUCACAACACAAUUUCCUUAUUACAGAGAAGCAUUUUACAAACCGGAUCUGAGGGGAAAAGAUUUGGGGAAGAAUCUUGUUUUGGAUAUGGAUAUGAGUGCUGGAGACUUUCUAUCUCUCUUCUAUCUCCUCAAAUUACCUGUAGAAGAUAUCAAUCUCAAGGCUAUAAUAGUGAGUCCGACUGGCUGGACAAAUGCUGCAACAAUUGAUUGUGUAUAUGAUUUGCUUCACAUGAUGGGUCGUGACGACAUUCCUGUGGGCCUUGGAGAUGGAUUUGCAAUGAACCAGUCUGAUACUGUUUUCUCUGCCGUUGGAGACUGCAGAUACAGCAAGGUCAUCCCACAAGGUAGCGGUGGAUAUCUAAACUCAGACACUUUGUAUGGUUUAGCUCGUUCUUUACCUCGAAGUCCUAGGAGAUACACAGCAGAAAAUUCUGUAAAAUUUGGAGCUCCUCGAAAUACUGAUCAUCCUGAACUCAGACAACCUCUAGCAUUGGAAGUAUUGGAAUCAGUGGUGAAAUCACUCGAUCCUGAAUCGAAAAUUACUAUUUUGGCGAAUGGCCCAUUGACUAAUAUAGCAAAGCUUAUUCUGGAAGGAAAGAAUACAAGCAAUGUUAUACAGGAUAUAUUAAUUGUUGGGGGACACAUCAAUUAUAAUAACACCGAGAAGGGAAAUGUCAUCAAUGUUCCUUGUAACAAAUUUGCAGAACUGAAUAUGUUUCUUGACCCUUUUGCUGCAAAAACAGUUCUGAGUUCUGAACAUAAUAUCACUCUCAUUCCACUUGGAAUGCAGCGGAAAGCCAGUGCAUUCCCUCAAAUUCUUGAAAAACUCUACUUGAAAAGGACACCAGAAGCAGUCUUUGCCAGGCGCUUGAUGUCAAGGUUGUAUCGCCUGCAAAAGCUCCAGCCUGCAUACCAACAUGUGAAUAUGUUUAUUGGUGAGAUCCUUGGUGCAGUAGUAGCUGGAGAUCUGUCAGCAGUAAAAUGUACCUUUGAAGUGAAGAAGUUAAAAGUGAGUGCUACUGGAGUUGAAUCUGAAGAUGGCGAAAUCAGUAUUGAUAAAGAGCACGGAAAAACAGUAAAAGUAUUGGAGAGUGUGGAUCCAUCAGCUUAUUACAAUGUUUUUGCAAAACGACUUGGGGAUAAAACGCAGGCAGCUGUAAUUGGAAGCUUCAAUGAGCAGAGAAGAAUUUGGAGUACACCAUCUAAUUCAUCUAACAUUUAGCAACAAAUUCAAAGUUUCACAUUCAGAACGUGAGCACUAUAUCCGUGUGGUUUAACAAGCAAGCGUUCUGUUACAUUUAGAGUUACUCGAUAUGUAUUUGUGUUGAUGGAAGGUAGCUGUGAUAAAAUAGUGGAGAUGGGGUCUUAACAUGAUUCAUAUCAUCAAUUGUUGUGUUGAUUGGAGACUACAAAUUUCAAAAUUUGUUCAGUGCUCUUCUUGCCUUUGCAACUAUUAUAACAAUCACUAAAAUGAAUCC